GCUAUUAUUAUUGUUUGGCUGUGGUUUCGAAAUUUGAAGUGCUAUUGCAGCAUAUAAUUUCUUUUAAAUUACUUGUUACCGCUUGCCAGAAUGAGCCUCUGUCUUUUAAGAACAGCAUCACUUAUUCAUGAGCGCAUUGCUUAUACAACAUUAUCACCCGCACGUCUAAUUCAUCAGUACAGAAAGCGGCAGUUUGAAAAUCAGACACUGAAGAGAAAUGUUCCCAGUGUUUUAAUUUGUAAUAUGUCUACUGAUGUACCCGAUGAUAAGAAGUUAAGCUAUGAGGAGUUACUUGACCUCAUCAAAAAAAAGGAAGUUACAUUAAUAGAUGUGAGAAGUCGAGUUGAAGUGAAGUCAACUGGAUUGUUACCAAAGAGUUUUCAUAUCCCAGUAAAUGAAUAUGUUACUGCUAUGAAGGUCCCAGAUAAAAUAUUUAAAAAGAAAUAUGGUUUUGAUAAACCAAGACCAGAAGAUCCAAUUGUUUUUGUCUGCUCUACAGGAGCAAGAAGUUACAAAGCUCUGAGAGCUGCUCUUCAUAUGGGCUACAACAAUGCCCGCAUGUUUGAUGGAAGCUUCAGUGAUCUGGCGAAGCAGAUUACAGAUACGUGAUUGAAGCAUGCUGGAUUUUAAAUGACUGCAGCAAAGAAGUUUAUCAACAGACAUUUUUCAAAUAACAUUAUCUACUGGAAAAUUUGCCAUGCAUACUAAUAUACAAAUAUAUAAUCACAAUA